AUUAUCUCUUCAUUUUCCAAUAUAUUGAUCAAAUACGUAGGACUCUUAAAUAGGGCAGAAUUCCAUUCCAAAGCAGUGAAGUAAAAGAAGCCGAAUGAAUGCAGAAUUGGGUAUCUACUGUUGCUUUAAUUGUGGAAAUCAUAUCUGCUUCCAUAAUGACAUUUUUGACAAGAAUUAUGUGUCAGGUCGGCGCAGGGCAUUUUUGUUGUCUCAUGCAAAGAACAUAGUGAUGGGGUCUAAAGAGAAUAAGCAGCUGAUCAGUGGCACUUAUUUGAUAGCUGAUGCCUCCUGCUCUGAGUGUGGAGAGAAAUUAGGGUGGAAAUAUUUUGAAGCUAAUCAAGAAGAACAUAAGCAUAAAGAAGGCAAAUUUGUCAUUGUUUAUUUCAAGAUUAUUAAACUUUGUUCUUGGUGUUAAU